AUGACCGCCGCGGAUACCAAUGAGUCUAGGGGAGAUCCCUUCCGGAAAACCUGCCUUGUGCCCUACGUGGACGUUGAUUCGGCCCCUCCUGCUAUUCAAGAGAAGCUUAAAGUGCUUCCAUUUCGGCGUAACAUCCUCCUGACGUUGGCUCAUUCCCGGGGCCUAUUUCCACAUUUUAGCGGUCUCCUGGGUGCUUGUUUCGAUGGGAAACAGCGCAAUCUGCCAGUCUUCGAUUGGCAGUUGAUCGUGCUGCGGAUUGCUACAGUCCUCAAGGCUAAGUAUGAGUUUGAUGUUAAUCAGCCUGUGGCUGAGGUAUUUGGAUUCCCGAAAGAAAAGAUCGACGCUAUUGAGUGCUCUACUCAAGAAAUCUUGGAUGGUAGAGGUCCGUGGACUGAUCGGGAUCUGGUGAUUCUUCGCCUUAUCGAUGAACAGCUGGCGACUUAUGACAAUAAGCCUGAAACAGUCAAGGACGCUCUCGAACUGCUGUCCGUGGAGGAAACAGUCGAGGUUUUAAUGAUGAUCGGUAUCUAUGCGCUAUUAGCUCGGGUAAUUAAAGGCUUAAAGGUGGAUGAUGACCAGCCGAUUCCUGACUUGAAGGAUAAAAUCAAGGCUGCCAUUACUGAUUGA